AUGCUCUGGCAGGCUCAAAACGGGCCCGUGGAUGCGAUUACGGGCGACUAUCUUGCGGAGGUAAACCUCGCGGAGAAUGCAGAGAAAUAUGCAGCAGGCACUCACCCGGGGUGGGUAGAAACCGCCUUGGGAGGCAUCAAACUGAGCCUCGACGUAAUCAACGAGAAGAAGAUCAAGGUCGUGCUCGAUGGCGGCGCUCUGAAUCCCAAGGGCCUUGCGCUGGAAGUACAGAAGAUGAUCCGAGAAAAGGGAUACGAUCUUAAGGUAGCGUAUGUCUACGGCGAUGACUUGCUGCCCAGAGUCAACGAGAUUCUCGACCCCCAAAAAGGACUACUGGCCCAUCUCGACCAUGAGAAUGACAGCGUCAAGCUGGCCAAGGACACCGACAACUUCCUGGGAGAUCCCACAAAGCCCAUUGUGAGCGCAAAUGCUUACCUUGGAUCCCGCGCCAUAGCCCUGGGGCUGUCUCAAGGCGCGGACAUCAUUUUGUGUGGACGAGUCUCGGAUGCGUCGCCAGUGAUUGGCUUGGCCCGAUGGUGGCAUGGGUGGUCCGAAACGGACUUUGAUGAGCUCGCCGGCUCCCUCAUUGCCGGCCACUUGAUUGAGUGCUCGGCCUACGCCACUGGCGCAAACUUCUCCGGCUUCGAGGCCUAUCCAAACGAGGAGCUGAUCAACAUCGGUCUUCCCGUGGUGGAGGUCCUCCACAAUGGCGAGUGCGUCUUGACCAAGCACGACGCCCUUAAUGGCUUCGUCACCGAGGACACUGCGCGGUCACAGCUGCUGUAUGAAAUUCAGGGCAGUGUCUACCUCAACAGUGAUGUCAAAGCGGACCUCACGGACGUCUCCAUCAAGCAGGUGGGCAAGGACCGUGUGCACGUGUCCGGAAUCAAAGGCCGGCCCCCUCCUUCGACCACCAAGCUAGGGGUGUUCUACCAGGGAGGAUAUCAGUGCGAAUUCACCCAAAGCGCCACCGGGACACGUGCUUCGAUCCGGAAGAAGUUCGAGCUGGUCGAGCUGCAGAUCAGGGACCGCCUGACGAAGCAAGGCAAACUGGAUGACUUUGACGUCCUCCUGUUCCAGCAUAUUGGCGUCCCCGAAGAAAACCCCUCUAGCCAGCUAGCAGGCACCGCGCAGAUUCGUGUCUUCGCCCAAGCGCAACAGCAGGCGACGCUGUAUCUCCUCCUCCGGGCGUUGAUGUGGCACGGCAUGCAGCACUUUUCCGGCGCACAUGGUUCCAUGGACUUCCGUACUGCACUGCCUCGGCCGUAUCUGGGCUACUACCCGGCCAUACUGGAGCAAUCUCUACUGGAUGAGGGGGUCUUUGUGCUGAGCAAGGAUGCUACGGCCGAUAAUCUCCAGGGCGUCAACCACUCAGCAGGCCACAACUCAGUGACGGAGCCGGUGGGCAGACGCGCCAAUUAUGAGCCCACCAACCCCGUGCCCUUGGCUUCCUUUAGUGAGACACAGACUCUGCCGCUGGGGACGAUCGUGCAAGGGCGCUCCGGUGACAAAGGGGCCAACGUCAACCUCGGACUCUUUGUGCAGACCGACGAGGAAUGGGACUGGCUCCGAAGCCUGCUGACCUCGGACCAGUUGAAGAAGCUGAUCGGCCUGGACUGGAAGGACGAAUACGCGAUCGAGCGAGUGGAGCUGCCCAAGAUCAAGGCGGUGCAUUUUGUCGUCUACGGCCCGUUGCAUCGUGGCAUCAGCAGCUCGCCGUUGUUGGAUGGGCUUGGAAAGGGAUUCGCCGACUACAUUCGAGCCAAGUACGUGGAUGUGCCGGUGAAGUUCCUGAAAAAGUGA